AUGGACGCCUCCUCCCUCCGCAUCUCCAAGUUCAAUGAAACUAACUUACACGCCCGGAGGUUCAAGAUGCAGAUGGUGCUGGAGGAACGGGACCUGCGGGAGGUCGUCAGCCGCGAGAUCAAGGCGGAACAGUGCGUGACUCAGUUGGACCAAGCGGCGUACAAGAGGAAGUCAAGAAAGGCGAUGGCAGUGAUCUGUUUGGCCAUGGAAGAUUCCCAGCUACCUUUAAUCCGGUCGACAAGUGGUGCAUGCGACGCAUGGUCAAGGUUGGAAGACCACUUCGAGAAGAAGAGUCUUUCCAACAAGCUGUUCUUGCGCCGUCGCUUCUUCACGACGAUGAUGGAAGAAGGCGGCGAUGUGCUCGAGCACAUCAACAAUCUCAAGACGUUGGCGGAGCAGCUAGAAGCGGUGGGGGCUUCGGUCUGCGAGGACGAUCUGGUGAUCACACUUCCCGGCAGUCUGAGUGACUCGUAUCAAUUCUGGAUCACAGCUUUGGAGUCGCGCUCAGACACUCUUCGCUGGGAGAUCGUGACGUCUCGACUGCUUAAUGAAGAAAUGAAGCGGAAGGAGCAAGGAAGUAAAGGUGAUGAAGCUUCGCAAGGUCAAGCGUUCAUCACAAGGGACAAUCAGCGCAAAGGGCGACCAGUGAAGAAGUCCUGGCCGUGCCACAAUUGCGUAAAGAUUGGUCACUGGAUGGCGGAGUGUCCCUCGCGCAUCCAAGAAAACACGGAGAGACACCGGCCACAGCGUGCUCAAGACAGCGGCGACCGUUAUCGAUCACAACGUGCAAACGUCGCUCAAGAAGAAGACUCAGGCGACUACCUUUUCUCGAUCGGUGGAACGACAUCUGCGAAAUUGAGUGGCAUCUGGCUGGUAAACUCUGGGGCGACGCAGCACACGACGUGCUCCAAGAAGUUCAUGCGGAAAUACAAGGUGUUUAACGCUGUGGAUGUCCAUCUUGCGGAUGAUGAUCACAACGUCGAACAUAUAUAUUAG